UCUUUAAAAUUCGGCAGCGUAGAAGAUGUUCAGAAACCAGUACGACACGGACGUGACGACAUGGAGCCCAGCCGGGAGGCUGUUCCAGGUGGAAUACGCGAUGGAGGCAGUGAAACAAGGGUCCGCUGCGAUAGGGCUCCGAUCUAAGACCCACGUUGUCCUCGCUUGCGUUAAUAAGGCUAAUUCCGAGCUUUCCUCCCACCAGAAGAAGAUCUUCAAGAUCGACGACCACAUCGGAGUUGCCAUUGCUGGCCUCACUGCCGACGGUCGAGUUCUAUCCCGUUACAUGCGAUCUGAGUGCAUCAACUACGCCUACACCUUCGAGUCACCGCUUCCCGUCGGUCGACUCGUCGUUCAACUCGCCGAUAAGGCUCAGGUCUGCACCCAACGGUCAUGGAAACGGCCUUAUGGAGUUGGUCUCCUGGUAGCAGGAUUGGAUGAAUCUGGAGCUCACCUCUAUUACAACUGCCCCAGUGGGAACUACUUUGAAUAUCAGGCUUUCGCAAUCGGAUCUCGUUCACAAGCUGCAAAGACAUAUUUAGAACGCAGAUUUGAGAGCUUCACGGGCUCCUCAAGGGAAGAUCUGAUCAAGGAUGCUCUCAUUGCUACAAGGGAAACAUUACAAGGGGAAAAACUCAGGAGUUCUAUAUGUACUAUUGCUGUGGUUGGAGUUGGUGAGCCAUUCCACGUACUGGAUCAAGAAACUGUACAAAAGUUGAUCGACGAUUUUGAGAUUGUGAAAGAGGAAGAAAGUCCUCCUGCUGAACCUCAGCCAGCACCUGAGCCGGCUGCUGCUGCCGAUCAGGGUUCUAGUGCAGAUCAGGGUGCUGCGGCAGAGCAAGGGGGUGUUGCUCCAAUGGAUAUUUGAUGAUUUAAAAACCAUUAUCAUCUUAGGUACCAGUGGUCAUUAUGGGAGUUUGACGGUUUAUUUCCCCUCAAUCCUUUCUAUUUCUGCAAUUUUUACAGCAGCGCGUUAUAGAAAACGAUAUAAUGCCAACGGUUGGACUUAAAGCUGCGAUCUAAGUUAUACCACAGGAUAUAAUGCAAUGACGUAUGCGGUAAAAAAUGAUAGGCAACCCGGUAUUUUGGUUGUAACAUCCUGAAUUUUAGAAAAGUUGGCCAGACUUAAAAGUGUGCGCUAUGAUAAUUUUCAUUCGAAUGUAAUCUCUUCUAUGUGCUAUAAAUUGUUGUAUGAGAGAGACUCGGUUUUUUUCU